AUGUAAGAAAAAUAAAAAUCAAAAUUAUUCCUUGAAAAACUCUACGAUUUAUUAGAGGUAAAUUCAAUUGUAACUAGUCUGAUGAAACCCAUAGUAUCAUUUAAUGGACUGUUAAUAAAGACGCUAUUAAAAUUAUUAAUCGAUUCAAAUUGAUUCGUGAUAUCCUACCUAACAUUUUCAAAUAGACAUCUUAUAAGAGCUUCACUAAAUAAAUGAACCUUUAUAAUUUUAAAAGUACUAAAGAUGAAAAUGGAUGUACGAUUUUUAUUAAUCCACAUUUUACUCAACAUUUACUCAAUCUUACAUAAAUAAUAGUAGAAAAGCGAACCAUUAAAAAAUCAAAAAGAGAGGAUAAUAAAAAGAGAAGCGAAUUGUAAUUUGAACAUGAAUAACUUAAAUAAAAAUUAAUGGCUUUAUUCAAAUACUAAGUGCAACUUUAAAACGAAAUCAAAAUAUAAUUAGAAAUCCAUAAACAUCUUCAAAUAAGAGUAGCUCUCAUUAAAAAAUAUAUUUACAAACGCAAAGAGAAUGGAUUAAAGCGAAGAAGAAAAAUUUAUAAUUUUUUGAAUUCUUUUUUCGCAAAUCUCAAAUCUUCAGUCAUAUGUAUUCAUUUUACAUCUACAAAAAUUAGGUCAAAAAUUUUUAAUUUUAAAUCAUGAUCUAAUUUGUUAAUGUGAUGAGAACAAUGAAGAAUAAUGUCUAGACUUUUAGACUUCUAGUUCAUUAUAUCAAACACCUUAUCUGACCCCUAGAAAUCUUACAAUUUUUUAAUAAAAUUCAACAAGAUUUUUAUAAAAUUUAUUUUAUAAUGAAGAUAAUAAGCCAAAGUCUUUCUAAUAACUUACACCAGAAUAAUAAAAUUAAUUUAUUGAAACCAUCUGGGAUGAUUGA